AGCAACGGGAUCACAGAGUUCAAAAGUGAUGACAUUUUUUUGAGUUUUUCUUCCACAUCUUUUGAGGAAUAUUAUCUCUGAGAGGAAAUGGCACAUGUACACCUGAGAUGCCUCCUAGCACUGGCUUUAGUGCAUGUGGUUUUGUCCUCCGGUGUGUUUGAGCUGAAGAUCAACUCUUUCCACACAGCGCAGCGCAUCUGCAGGAGACACCGUGACUGUCACAUCUUUUUCCGGAUUUGCCUGAAACACCCGGAGGAUGUGAUCUCCGCAGAGCCGCCUUGCACCUUUGGCACCGGACACACCAACGUCAUCAGGGCCGAUCACACCUCCAUCUCCAGCAGUGCUCCCAUCAGGGUGCCCUUCCACUUCAAGUGGCCGGGAACAUUUUCGUUGAUCAUUGAAGCCUGGAACGCUGAAUCUCCCACUGAAUACACAGACAACCAGAACAACCUCGUGAGCCGCCUGGCGACUAGGAGGAGGCUGGCCAUCGGCGAGGACUGGUCCCAGGACGUGCACUUCGGCGAGCAGAGCGAGCUGCGCUACUCCUACCACGUCUUCUGCGACGAGUACUACUUCGGGGACGGCUGCGCAGAGUACUGCCGGCCGAGGGACGACACGCUGGGCCACUACACCUGCGACGAGGAGGGCAACCGCAUCUGCCUGGAGGGAUGGAAGGGAAACUACUGCUCUGAGCCCAUCUGCUCAGCCGACUGCAACGAGAAGCACGGCUACUGCGAGGCCCCGGGGGGCUGUACGUGCCGCAUGGGCUGGCAGGGCCCCUCCUGCAAUGAGUGCGUCCGCUACCCGGGCUGCCUCCACGGGACGUGCAGCCAGCCGUGGCAGUGCAACUGUAAGGAGGGCUGGGGGGGGCUCUUCUGCGACCAGGACCUCAACUACUGCACCAACCACAAGCCCUGCGCCAACGGAGCCACCUGCACCAACACGGGCCAAGGCAGCUACACCUGCACCUGCCGGCCCGGCUAUGGAGGCACCAACUGCGAGCUGGAAACCAACGAGUGCGACAGCAACCCCUGCAAAAACGGAGGCAGCUGCAACGACCUGGAGAACGACUACUCGUGCACCUGCCCGCAGGGCUUCUACGGCAAGAACUGCGAGAUCAUCGCCAUGACGUGCGCCGACGGGCCAUGCUUCAACGGCGGCACCUGCGUGGAGACGACGACCGGCGGCUACACCUGCCGCUCCCCAAGCUACACCGGCUCCAACUGCGAGAAGAAGCUGGACCGCUGCAGCAACAGGCCCUGUCUGAACGGUGGUGAGUGUCUGGACCUCGGCCAGAGCGUCCUGUGCCGCUGUAAGGCGGGCUUCAGCGGUGCCAACUGCCAGGUCAACGUCGACGACUGCGCCUCGACCCCGUGCCAGAACGCCGGCACUUGUCAGGACGGCGUGAACGACUACACCUGCUCCUGCACCCUGGGCUACACGGGGAAGAACUGCAGCGUGCGCUCCGACGCCUGUGGCGCCCGCCCGUGCCAGAACGGCGGCACCUGCUUCACCCACUUCACCGGGCCAGUGUGCCAGUGCCCCAAGGGCUUCAUGGGUCCGAGCUGCGAGUUCACGCUACAGCCCAGUUUCAAGCCGGCCUUGCGCCAAGCCUCGCAGCCAUCCUCCGCCACCCUCACCGUCUCAUGCGUCCUGGCCGUCCUGGUGCUGGUCCUGGCGGCGGGGAUCGUCCUACUGAGGAGGAGGAGGAGGCUACAGGGUAUGAAGCAGCUGAGCGACAGCCCGGUGUACAAUGACUUGGAGACGGUCAACAACCAGGGAGGGAGCGAAAGAGAGGCCUUCCUCGGCCCCAACGGGAUGUUCAAAAUCAGCAACGGCACGGCCCGCCUCAGCCUCUCCCUGUGCCCGGACGGACGAUCCGGAUACAGACAGAGCACCGUGGAGAGCAGCCUGGUCAGAGGGGAGCGCCAGGACUUUAUGUGGAGGGAUGAGGCCGGUCUGGGCUCCGGGGCAGGACUGAGAUGAAACC